CUAGUUAAUAGUUGGUUCUAACAUGUGGUGUGAUGCGAAUACCUCUUUCUCAUUCCAUCAUCUGUCCUGGGAUUUGAAGUCAAUCGUCCGCUUUUCUGCUGCAGCCACCAUUGGGCUAUGGUGCCGGCCAUGUCAGGCAAAACCCGAGUGUGGUCUCGGAGAGAAAUCGAGGGAUUGAUAGCAGAUGGGCGAAAGAUCAUCAUAUUCGGUGAUCAGGUAUUGAAGGCCGACGCCUGGCUACCAUAUCAUCCCGGCGGCGAUAAAUCAUUGCUGCACAUGGUCGGUCGAGAUGCGACCGACGAAAUAACAGCAUUGCACUCCAAAGAAGCACAGGCACAUAUGCAAAAGUAUGUGAUCGGAAGAGUACACGGGAAAUGGGAAAACCUCUUGCCUCCGAUACAGGGAGGAACUUUCAGGCCGCUGGUAUCGGAGCAAGUCGACAACAAAGCGCUAUACACUGAAGAAGAUGCCAGCUCCUCUGGAAAAUCGGCAGCGUCAUCCCCAGUCUUCGAUGCUGCGGACACGGGAGACGAAGUUCGUCUGCGGCAUGCAGGCAAUAAUAGCCCCGUUUCUCAAGCUUCAUCUUUUUUAUACUCAUCGGCCGAGCCGGACCUGGGGCAAUCCAAAUCUACGGAAGCGUCAAUAGCUCACGCGCUAUCAUCAGAUCCUUCAAACUAUCCCCGUCUAGACAAGAGGUCCCAGGACGAGGUCGCCGCAAAGUACCGCCAGCUCGAUGAAAGAUUGCUGUCCGAGGGACUCUAUGAGUGUCGAUAUAGUUGCUACGCUGUCGAGAGUAUCCGAUACGCCGUUCUUUUCGUUCUCUUCUUGACGUCUCUUCACUAUUCCUAUUAUGCUCUUUCGGCCCUUUUCCUCGGGAUGCUCUGGCACCUGCUUUCAUUCGUCGUCCAUGACGCCGGCCACCUAAGCAUAACGCAUGGAUUCCACACGGACAGCUGCAUCGGGAUUUUCAUUGCAGAUUUCCUGGGCGGUCUUUCCGUCGGGUGGUGGAAGCGGAAUCACAACGUGCAUCACAUCGUCACCAACUCGCCCGAGCACGAUCCGGACAUCCAGCACAUGCCAUUUUUCGCCAUCUCCUCGCGGUUUUUCGCCUCCCUGCACUCGAGCUACUACGAUCGCGACAUGAAGCUCGACGCCGCCGCACGGUUCUUCAUCCAGUACCAGCAUUACCUCUACUACCCCAUCCUUCUGUUCGGCCGGUUCAACCUGUACCGCCUCGCAUGGUCCUACCUGCUAGAUCCGGCGCAGGCGCCCCGGAAAGGCGCCGCGUGGUGGCAUCGCUACCUUGAAAUGACCGGGCAGGGGGUUUUCUGGUACUGGUACGGCUACCGCACGCUGUACCUCUCGAUCCCGACGUGGUCGUCGCGCAUCACGUUUCUGCUCAUCUCGCAUAUGGUCACUGCCCCGCUGCACGUCCAGCUCACGCUCAGCCAUUUCGCCAUGUCCAGCGCCGAUCGGGGCACCCACGAGUCGUUCCCCCAGAAGAUGCUGCGGACGACGAUGGAUGUCGACUGCCCGCCCUGGUUGGAGUUUGUGCAUGGCGGCCUCAAUUACCAGGUCGUGCACCAUUUGUUCCCUCGGCUGCCGCGACAUAACUUGCGCCGGGCGCAACCGUUCGUGAAGGAGUUCUGCCGCGAGCUCGGAAUUCCAUACGUAAUCUUUAGUUUUACCCGGGGGAACCAGGAGGUUAUUAGCAGACUGGGCGAGGUCGCUGGACAAUUGAGGGUGUUGGAGGAAUGCAGAAAAGUUGCCGCGAGGGAUUUGAUUCAGGGUCACCACCGUCAUUGAUUGGGAUUUUUCUUUUUUUUUUUCCUUUAUCUUUUUACGUAGGUGUGUGCCUAGGCAGCAUUUGUAUGAUAAUAUAGUUAUAGCAGGUAAGAUAACUGGCGACCUUGGACUGGUUGUUGUUUGGGCUGUUGUCGGGUCUCUUGAGUAUAAGCACGAUAUGUAGUCACGAUCUUGCGAUAGUUAGUUAUCCGUCUAGCCUUUGAUAGCAACUUCAAGGCGUUUUUAUUGCCCCAGUAUCCCCAACUUAGGUUCUGUGCUCCCUCUUAUCCCAAGUGUGGUAUUGGAUAUAUUUGAUCCCAGAUCUAGG